AUUAAUUCCCUGUGUUUACCUCAUUUGUGGAUGUACUUCCUGUCCUGUAAGUCCGUUGCGCCCUGGGGCUGGCAAACCGGUGUCCGGGCCUGGCUGUCCAGUCCCAAAAUGGAACACAAGGAGGUGGUGCUUCUCCUUCUCUUGUUUCUGAAUUCAGGUCACGGAGACCCCCUGGACAACUAUGUGAACACGCAGGGGGCAUCGUUGUUCACUCUCAGUAAGAAGAGUUUGGAAGCCGAAAGCAUUGCUGAAUGUGCAGAAAAAUGUGAGGAAGAAACAGAAUUCAUUUGCAGGGCAUUCCAGUACCACAGCAAAGAGCAACAAUGUGUGGUAAUAGCCGAAACCAGCAAAUCUGCCCCGGUCUUCAGGAUGAGAGAUGUCAUUUUAUUUGAAAAGAAAAUGUAUCUUUCCGAGUGCAAGACCGGAAACGGAAAGAACUACCGGGGGACGGUGUCUAAAACAAAAAACGGGGUGACCUGUCAGAAAUGGAGUGACAACUUUCCACACAAACCUAGGUAUUCACCCAGCAGCUACCCUUUGGAGGGCCUGGAGGAAAACUACUGCCGGAACCCAGACGACGACAUCAACGGGCCCUGGUGUUACACCACCGACCCGGACAAACGGUUCGACUACUGCACCAUCCCAGAAUGUGAAGAUGAAUGUAUGCAUUGCAGUGGAGAAAACUACCAGGGCAAAACCUCCAAGACCAGGUCCGGACGCGAAUGCCAGCCUUGGGGCUCUCAGACCCCGCACACUCACGGCUACCUUCCUUCCAAAUUCCCAAACAAGAAUCUGCAGAUGAAUUACUGCCGGAACCCUGAUGGGGAACCCCGGCCCUGGUGCUUCACCAUGGACCCCGACAAACGCUGGGAAUUCUGCGACAUCCCACGCUGCACAACGCCCCCGCCACCUUCCGGCCCCACAUAUCAGUGUCUGAAGGGAAGAGGUGAAAACUAUAGAGGGAAUGUGGCUGUCACCGCUUCCGGGCACACUUGUCAGCACUGGAGCCAACAGACGCCCCACAAGCACGAGGUGACCCCAGAAAACUAUCCCUGCAAAAAUUUGGAGGAAAAUUACUGUCGUAACCCUGACGGACAGCCAGGUCCCUGGUGCUAUACCACCAACAGCAGUGUGAGGUGGGAGCUCUGUGCCAUCCAGCCCUGCAGCUCCUCCGCAGGGACCACAGAACCGGACACCCAAGCGCUACCCGAACAAACUCCUGUUGUCCAGGAGUGCUACCAGGGCAAAGGGGAGAGCUAUCGAGGCACAUCGUCCACGACGGUCACAGGGAGGAAAUGUCAGCUUUGGUCAUCGAUGACGCCCCACCACCAUGAUAAAACCCCAGAAAAAUACCCAGAUGCCGGCCUGACGAUGAACUACUGCCGGAACCCGGACUCCGACAACGGCCCCUGGUGUUACACCACCGACCCCAGAGUGCGGUGGGAGUUCUGCAACCUCAAAAAGUGCUCAGAAACGCAGCAGAGUGUCCCGCCCAUUCCACCGCAAACCCAGGUUCUGAGCACUGUGGGUCCGAAAGCAGACUGCAGGUUCGGGAACGGAAAGGGGUACCGGGGUAAGAAGGCCACCACUGCUGCUGGUACUCGCUGCCAGGACUGGGCUGCCCAGACGCCCCACGCACAUAGAAGUUUCACUCCGAAGAGUAACCCGAACGCAGGUCUGGAAAAAAAUUACUGCCGCAAUCCCGACGGUGAUGACAACGGUCCCUGGUGCUACACGAUGGACCCAAAGAAACUCUUCGACUACUGUGAUAUUCCUCACUGCGUGUCCACUUCAUUUGAGUGUGGAAAGCCCAAGGUGGAGCCGAAGAAGUGUACUGGAAGGAUCGUGGGUGGGUGUGUGGCCAACCCGCAUUCCUGGCCCUGGCAAGUCAGCCUUAGAACAAGGUUCAGACAGCACUUCUGCGGAGGCACUUUGAUCGCCCCGGAGUGGGUGCUCACUGCCGCCCACUGCUUGGAGAGGUCCUCAGUGCCUUCGUCAUACAUGGUCAUCCUGGGCGCACACAAAGAGAUCAAUCUUGAGAGUGAUGUUCAGGAGAUAAAAGUGGCAAAGCUGUUCCGGGAGCCCCACCGGGCCGACAUCGCCUUGCUGAAGCUGAGCAGCCCUGCCAUCAUCACUGAAAAGGUCAUCCCUGCUUGUCUGCCGCCCCAGGAUUAUGUGGUUGCUGCCCGGUCACAGUGCUACGUCACCGGCUGGGGAGAAACCCGAAACACUCGUGGCGACGGCUUCCUCAAGGAAGCGCACACGCCAGUGAUCGAGAACAAAGUGUGCAAUCGCUAUGAUUACCUGAAUGGGAGAGUCAGGUCUUCUGAGCUCUGUGCGGGGAACAUUGAUGCGGACAGCUGCCAGGGUGACAGUGGGGGGCCUCUGGUCUGCUUCGAGAAGGACAAAUACAUUUUACAAGGAGUCACUUCUUGGGGUCUUGGCUGUGCACAGCCCCAAAAGCCUGGUGUCUACGCUCGUGUUUCAAGCUAUAUCCCCUGGAUUAAAAGUGUGAUGAGAAAUAAUUAACUGGAUGGGAGACCAAGGGAAGCAUCAACAUAUCUAGAUGCUGGAACAUGGGUAGGGGAUUUAACAUGCUCAGAAAAAUAAUUGACAGUAAUCAAAUGGAGAUGCUGCACUUAGCCACCACCUGCUGCUAAACCUCAACUUUUUUUUAGUAUUGUGGAUAAAGUUUUUCUGUCCACAGACUGCUGGAUUCUGUAAUAAGGCAAAAAACCCCCCAAAAAACCCACAGAGAUGACAUUUGUGGAAAAUAAACUCUGUAUUUACUUUGA